GCAACGUGGAUGUCAACCCUAUGUGGGUUACUGACGUGCAAGUUGAUUCUGUGCAAACUUGGCGAGUUCGGGGUCAACAUAUUGGCUAGGUGAUUAGGGUCCAACAAAUUGUAAUUAAUGUCUAUAAAGCAUCCAAUAACGUGAUGCUAUUUUUAUUUUAUACAUAGUAUGGUAUAUAAUAAUGAAUUUAUGUUGGUAUUCUAGUUUGGCGUAUGUAAACCACAAGCCUAUAUAAUUAAGUUAAUUAAGCCACAAGUAAACCACCAAUCAAGUCAUUCCUUUCACAGCUUAUCCCUGUCUAUCUCUCAGUCAGUGCUCGCUCUUUCUCCCCCGGUCUUCUCUCUUUUGCUCAUCAUGCAAUGUGAGAUGGUUUCCAUGGGGAGGAUUCUGCUGUUUCAUCUCAUAUGUUUAGCUCUCUUGGUAGAGCUCAGCCGUUCAUGGGCGAAUAAGGGGCUUCUCAAUUCAUCAGUGUUGGAGAUGUUCGUUGAUGAGCUUCCAUAUAUGCCAAAAAUCCAAGGUUUUGAUGUGGUGAAUGGUUCUCCCAAGGCUAAGUCACUGACGAUCGGCAUGUUUGAGAAGAAAUGGAAAUUCCACAGGGAUCUGCCUCCCACGCCGGUGUUUGCCUACGGUACCUCCAGUCUCACGGCAACAGUCCCUGGUCCGACUAUCGAGGCCCUCCACGGCAUUGACACUUACGUCACGUGGCAAAAUUACCUCCCUUCAAAGCACAUACUGCCAUGGGAUCCAACUAUCCCUACUGCCAUUCCUGCCACCAAGAAUGGAGUCCCUACUGUAGUGCACCUCCAUGGGGGCAUCCAUGAACCUGCCAGUGAUGGAAACGCAAACUCAUGGUUCACCGCUGAAUUCGAAGAAAAGGGUCCCACUUGGUAUAAGAAAACAUAUCACUACGACAAUAAUCAACACCCUGGAAAUCUGUGGUACCAUGAUCAUGCCCUGGGAUUGACCAGAGUCAACCUAUUAGCCGGCCUGAUUGGGGCCUAUGUUGUUCGCCAUCCUGAGGUUGAGGGCCCACUUAAACUUCCCUCUGGUGACGAGUUUGAUCGACAUUUGUUCGUGUUUGAUCGUAUAUUUUAUACAGAUGGAUCCAUAUAUAUGAAUUCCACAGGAAACAAUCCCUUUAUACAUCCGCAGUGGCGGCCAGAAUAUUUCGGCAACGUAAUCAUAGUGAACGGCAAGGCAUGGCCAAAAAUGAUGGUACGACGUCGUAAAUAUAGAUUCCGUGUAAUCAAUGCCAGCAAUGCGAGAUUCUUCCGAUUCUUCUUCACCAAUGGCUUGAAAUUCAUCCACGUGGGAGCUGACUCAGCUUACCUUGGGGAACCCAUAGUGACCAAUGAAACUCUGCUGGCUCCAUCAGAGAUCGCAGACGUGAUCGUUGACUUUUCAACGUCAAAAACUGAUGAAGCUAUUCUGGCCAACGAUGCACCCUACCCUUACCCGUCUGGUAACCCAGUCAAUGAAUCAAAUGGCAAAGUCAUGAAAUUUAUCAUCAACAAAAAUCAGGAGGUUGACACGUGGCAAGUACCCAAUAAACUAAUACAAUAUCCUUCCCCGGAUUUAUCUAGUGUGUCACAAACACGAUACAUAGCAAUGUAUGAGUACACAAGCAAAAGCGGUGAGCCUACGCAUCUUUACAUCAACGGGAAACCGUUCGAUGCGCCGGUGACAGAGACCCCUAAAGCCGGGACGUCUGAGAUUUGGAAUGUGAUUAAUCUAACGGGGGAUAAUCAUCCAUUGCACAUUCAUCUGGGACUAUUUACGGUGUUGGAUCAAACUGAGCUAGUGAACGAAGCGGAGUUCAAGGGAUGCAUGUUGAAUAACAACGACGCGAUCAAGUGCCAAAUAAACAAGUACGCAGUUGGCAAGAAGAUAGAGGUGGCAGCACAUGAGAAGGGGUGGAAGAACGUGUAUAAGAUGAUGCCAGGAUAUGUGACAAAGAUAUUGGUUAGGUUUUCUUACAUACAUUCCAACACUUCAUAUUCAUUUGAUCCAACAGCGCAGCCUGGUUACCUGUAUCAUUGCCAUAUGUUGGAUCACGAAGAUAAUGAGAUGAUUAGGCCCAUCAAGUUGAUCAAAUGAGAAGCCUAAAGAUGGAAGAAGAACUCUAUUGACAAGCCAUAUCGGAAGGAAUUGAAACGUACAAUUGGUGGGGAUCCUGGUUAAAAAUAAGAGGCAGCUAGCUUUAUGAUCUAGAAAUGCUGCCAAUUUGUGGUUUAAACUCUUUGUAUGGUUUUUUUUUUUUUUUUUUUAUGUGUGUUAA